GUCAAUGACACCGCCUGCAUUUACACACAGAAGCGACCAAUGGGAGCAGAGCUCCGGUCUGGACUCUGGGUUCCUUGUCGGGGUCGUCCUGUGGACGUUCUGCUGCUGGAUGAUGCACACCAAAGGAAGCUCGUGUUGCUGCUCUUUCGAGGACUAUAAACUGACCACUGAGUGGCUCCUGAACCAAACCAGUCACCGUCCAAAGGUCACAGUGAUCUGUGGCUCAGGACUGGGUCUGCUCGCUGAUGGAGCCACCAACAAGCAAACAUUCAGGUACCAGGACAUCCCCAACUUCCCUGUGAGCACGGCACCAGGACACGAAGGCUGCCUGGUGUUCGGGCUGAUCGAGGACACCCCCUGUGUUUUCAUGCAGGGUCACUUCCACCUGUACGAAGGUUACUCUCUGUGCCAGGUGACGUUCCCCAUCCGGAUCUUUAAACUGAUGGGGGUGGAGUAUGUUCUGGUGACAAAUGCAUCAGGAGGAAUUUGUCCAGAUUUUAAGGUUGGUGAUAUAAUGAUCAUCAAAGACCACAUUAACCUGCCGGGGUUUGCUGGACAGCAUCCAUUGUGUGGACCAAACGACGAGCGUUUUGGCAUCCGCUUCCCCUGUAUGUCAGAUGCCUACUGUAAGGACCUGAGGCGCCUGGCGUUGGACGUGGGCUCUGAGCUCGGGUGCAGUGAUUUCAUCAGAGAAGGGGUUUAUUGCAUGGUGAGCGGACCCAACUUUGAAACGAUCGCUGAGGCCAGAAUGCUGCUGAUCCUGGGCUGUGACUCUGUGGGUAUGAGUGCAGUUCCUGAAGUAACGGUGGCAAAACACUGUGGACUCAGGGUUCUUGGUCUGUCCCUCAUCACCAACAUGGUGUCUCUGGACUACAGUCGGGAGGAGAAGGCGAACCAUGAGGAGGUUCUUCAGAUCAGUAAAAUGAGGGCAGAGGUUUUGCAGAAACUCGUCAGCGCGUUGAUUUCUCGCUGCCAGCAGCAGAACAUCAACACCAACUGACUGAGCAGCACCAACACCUCUGCCUCGUUUCUUUCUCCCUGUUUGUCAGCUCUGUUAGUAAUUAACUGUUUAAAUGUCUGAUGAAUGCCAUUAAACAUCCAGAAGAAAAAGUCAA